GCUGCUGCUAGGAACGACCUGUCUUCAGCUCACUCCACCUUUUUUUCUUUUUGUAACACUAGACAGAACAUCAUGGCGGAACUACAACAGCACAGCAACAACAAUCACUUCCCGAUCUUAUUUUCCUUUUCCGUCUUCUCUCGGCCCUCAUCAUUGCCUGUCGGUUCGGGUUACGAGGUUCUGAUCCAGAAGUUUUUGUCCCUGUAUGGUGAUCAAAUCGACAUUCACCGGAAGUUUGUUAUUCAGCUUUUUUCAGAAGAAUGGGGGCAGUACAUUGAUUUACCCAAAAGCUUUGCAGUGGCUGAAAAAUGCAAACUACGACUGGUCCCUCUGCAAAUGACAAUGACUACACUUGGGAAUCUCACGCCAGCAACCACUGUAUUUUUUUGCUGUGAUAUGCAGGAAAGAUUCAGACCAGCUAUCAAAUACUUUGGGGAUAUUAUAAGUGUCGGGCAACGACUGCUUCAAGGGGCUCGCAUAUUGGGAAUUCCAGUUAUUGUUUCUGAACAGUAUCCUAAAGGAUUGGGGAGCACAGUUCAAGAACUAGACCUAACAGGGGUGAAGCUUGUGAUCCCCAAGACCAAAUUUUCUAUGGUUUUGCCUGAAGUUGAAGCAGCACUUGCAGAAAUUCCAGGAGUCCGCAGUGUUGUCUUGUUUGGGGUUGAAACCCAUGUAUGUAUCCAGCAAACAGCACUGGAUUUGAUUGGAAGGGGGUUGGAAGUUCACAUAGUAGCCGAUUCAACCUCUUCCAGAAGCAUGAUGGACAGAGUGUUUGCAUUGGAGCGUCUAGCUCGCAUUGGGAUAAUAGUGACCACGAGUGAAUCUAUACUUCUGCAGCUUGUGUCUGACAAAGACCACCCCAAAUUCAAAGAGAUUCAGAAUAUUAUCAAGGCGAGUGCUCCUGAGUCAGGGCUGCUUUCCAAGGUCUAACAAGAUCAUCAUGGGUGAGAAAAGGAAGCGGCUCCAGGUUCAGGGUAUAGAGCAUGUACAUCUUUCUUGUGAAAGGUGUGCCAGUGUGUUUUGUGUAAUCGCAUCAGUGUUGUUAAAUGGUAAUACGCUUCAGAACUGUAGAGUUUCUCUGUGGUAAAAAUGUAAUGUUGUAGGAAAAGAGGUGCCUACAGUAACUGUUCACAGUCUACAUUUAUAGAGGUGCCACUGCCUACAGUAACUAUUCACAGUCUACAUUGAUAGAGGUGCCUACAGUAACUAUUCACAGUCUGCAUUGAUAGAGGUGCCUACUGUAACUGUUCACAGUCUACAUUUAUAGAGGUGCCACUGCCUACAGUAACUAUUCAGUCUACAUUGAUAGAGGUACCUACAGUAACUAUUCACAGUCUACAUUGAUAGAGGUGCCUACAGUAACUAUUCACAGUCUGCAUUGAUAGAGGUGCCUACAGUAACUAUUCACAGUCUACAUUGAUAGAGGUACCUACAGUAACUAUUCACAGUCUACAUUGAUAGAGGUACCUACAGUAACUAUUCACAGUCUACAUUGAUAGAGGUGCCUACAGUAAUUAUUCACAGUCUACAUUGAUAGAGGUACCUACAGUAACUAUUCACAGUCUGCAUUGAUAGAGGUACCUACAGUAACUAUUCACAGUCUGCAGGUGCCUACAGUAACUAUUCACAGUCCACAUUUAUAGAGGUGCCACUGCCUACAGUAACUAUUCAGUCUACAUUGAUAGAGGUACCUACAGUAACUAUUCACAGUCUACAUUGAUAGAGGUGCCUACAGUAACUAUUCACAGUCUGCAUUGAUAGAGGUGCCUACAGUAACUAUUCACAGUCUACAUUGAUAGAGGUACCUACAGUAACUAUUCACAGUCUACAUUGAUAGAGGUGCCUACAGUAACUAUUCACAGUCUGCAUUGAUAGAGGUACCUACAGUAACUAUUCACAGUCUGCAGGUGCCUACAGUAACUAUUCACAGUCCACAUUUAUAGAGGUGCCACUGCCUACAGUAACUAUUCAGUCUACAUUGAUAGAGGUACCUACAGUAACUAUUCACAGUCUACAUUGAUAGAGGUGCCUACAGUAACUAUUCACAGUCUACAUUGAUAGAGGUACCUACAGUAACUAUUCACAGUCUACAUUGAUAGAGGUACCUACAGUAACUAUUCACAGUCUACAUUGGUAGAGGUACCUACAGUAACUAUUCACAGUCUACAUUGAUAGAGGUGCCUACAGUAACUAUUCACAGUCUACAUUGAUAGAGGUACCUACAGUAACUAUUCACAGUCUACAUUGGUAGAGGUACCUACAGUAACUAUUCACAGUCUACAUUGAUAGAGGUGCCUACAGUAACUAUUCACAGUCUACAUUGAUAGAGGUGCCUACAGUAACUAUUCACAGUCUACAUUGAUAGAGGUACCUACAGUAACUAUUCACAGUCUACAUUGAUAGAGGUGCCUACAGUAACUAUUCACAGUCUACAUUGAUAGAGGUGCCUACAGUAACUAUUCACAGUCUACAUUGAUAGAGGUGCCUACAGUAACUAUUCACCAUUGAUUGUAAAACAACUCAUUAAGGUACUUUUUGUGGAGCCUCUUGUGUUAAUCUUGAUAUCUUUAUUUCAACAGAUGUACUCUAAAUAUGUUAUAAAUUCAUGCCUAUUUUAUUUAAAAUAAUGAGUAUUUUGUCUAUCAAAAUUAAGUUAUGCCUAUCUGUCAAUCAAAUGAUCAGUGUAUCUGUCCCUCUCUAACAGGACAUAAAUUGAGUUAUCUCUAA